UCGGUGUUUGCCAACACAAAGAGGGGACAACUCUGCUUUGUUACUCUACAGGCUUCACUUGAUUUCACUUUUAACUCAGUUAGUUGCAUUUAUCUCUUCUACCUUGUUGCCGUAUCAUUAUUAUUUAAUCGGCCUUACGCUAAAGCUACGCCAGGUGGAAGACUCAAAACGCAUCUCCGCUCUCUUCAAAUCCCGCGGAUAUUAGUCUGAGCUAGAUCCAUAUCCUCAUGCGCCAUCGUUGUUAACUGCUGCUACUACCGAUAUCCUGUAGAAAUAGCAUCCUCAGGCUUCAGCACGCCCAAUAUCCCACGUUCGGCUAGGCACUUGAGAGGAAAUAUUAUUUUCACUGCCCGAGGCGAGAGAAAAAGCGACAGAGGAAUUGCUGAGAUAACAUCGGCCUAUAACUCCUGCUAUUAUGUCCGUUGUCACUCAGACGAACUCCGCCUUCCAGGCUCGUUCUUUGUUCCGGUCGCUCCUCCGUCAAUCACGUCAAUUCGCCGCAUAUAAUUUCCGAGAGUAUGCGCGGAGAAGAACGAUAGAUGCAUUUCGGGAACACCAGCAUGUGACAGAGGAACGGAAAAUACAGGAAUUGAUGCAAAAAGGACUACAGGAUUUACGCAUGAUGAAGAGACAAUCCAUCAUAAGCCAAUUCUAUCAACUAGAUAAAUUGGUUGUCGAGGGCGAACCUACGGGGAAAGAAUCCGGAAAUGCGGGCGGCAUCGUGCGCCAGAAGGAUACAGGUUGGGAUUGAGCGACGAACUUGGGUUUGGGAUACGAUGAGACUCCUUGACCUCGGGGUUAUUACGCGGUAGAAUGGAGAGUUAUGUUUUUUUACUACCAGCGGAGUCGAACUGGCCCUGUGUAUAUAUAUAGAACUUUUUUUUAAACUUUUUUUUCAUGAUCUUUCACGGUUUUUUCUCAUAGGCGAUUUCGACCUUUUCGCGGCCAUCCCAGCUCUGAUAUUUGUGAUACCGGCAGUGCAUUUCCGCAGACUACACGCAGCUAAACAAAAUUACAUUAGUAUCUGUUUAUACACAUCAAAUACCACACCCGUUCAUGUACUUGA